UUCCGUGUGGCUGAUUUUUGUUUUAAAAUACAAUGGCUUUGAGUGGAAACUGCAGGACUUACCUCCCUCCUAGAGAACAAGGGGCUGGUCUACAUGCCUUCCCAGAGGUGGUGGAGCUAAACGUAGGUGGUCAAGUAUACUUCACUCGCCAUUCCACCUUGGUGGGCAUCCCCCACUCCUUGCUGUGGAAAAUGUUCACCCCCAAGAGAGACACAGCCAGUGAUCUAGCUAAGGACUCCAAGGGAAGGUUCUUCAUUGAUAGAGAUGGUUUCCUCUUCCGCUACAUUCUGGACUAUCUCAGGGACAAGCAAGUGGUCCUGCCUGAUCACUUCCCAGAAAAGGGAAGGCUCAAAAGGGAAGCUGAAUAUUUUCAGCUCCCAGACUUGGUCAAACUCCUAACUCCUGAUGAUGUCAAGCAAAGCCCCGAUGACUAUUGCCACAGCGACUACGAGGAGGUCUCCCAAGGCAGUGACACAAGAAUAUGCCCCCCAUCAUCACUCUUACCUUCAGAUCGAAAAUGGGGUUUCAUUACUAUUGGGUACAGGGGGUCAUGCACCAUGGGCAGAGAGAGCCAAGCUGAUGCCAAGUUCAGGAGAGUCCCGAGGAUUUUGGUUUGUGGAAGGAUUGCUCUAGUCAAAGAGGUCUUUGGAGAAAGUUUGAAUGAGAGUAGAGACCCAGAUAGGGCACCGGAAAGAUACACCUCCAGGUUCUAUCUCAAGUUCAAGCACCUGGAGAGGGCUUUUGACAUGUUGUCAGAAUGUGGAUUCCACAUGGUGGCCUGCAAUUCCUCAGUGACGGCUUCUUUUGUCAAUCAGUACACAGAUGAUAAAGUCUGGUCCAGCUACACUGAAUAUGUCUUCUACCGGCCUCCUUGCAAGAUUUUGGUGCCAUCUCAACUGCAUGAAGAUGCAGCUCAUGAUAAAAUGUCAGAUAAAGAGGGGGAAAGUGGCACAUCUUGCAAUGAACUAUCCACUUCCAGCUGUGACAGCCAAUCAGAAGCCAGCUCCCCACAAGAGACUGUCAUCUGUGGCCCGGUCACCCGCCAGCCCAACAUACAGACUCUAGAUCGGCCAAUCAAGAAGGGCCCAGUACAGCUGCUUCAGCAGUCUGAAAUCCGAAGAAAAAGUGACCUGCUCCGAACUCUAACGUCUGGCUCCAGGGAAUCCAACUCUAGCAAAAAAAAAGCAGUGAAAGAAAAGCUCUCUAUUGAGGAAGAGUUAGAAAAAUGCAUUCAGGAUUUCCUUAAAAUCAAAAUCCCAGACAGGUUUCCAGAAAGGAAACACCCCUGGCAAUCAGAACUGCUACGAAAGUAUCAUCUAUAAGAGCGGGGCGGGGCGGUGGGGAAAUAACCUUAUUACAAUUUACAGAUCAAGAUCCUUAAUGAUACGGAAAUAAAAGGAAUAAUAACAAUUUGUUAGGUCACAAAAAAAAUCCAUCUUGAUAGUACUGCCUAAUUUGCCUAUUUCACCUUAACAUUUAUAGUCACAGGGUAAUGAUAUUUUUCAAGUUGUGGAAGCACAAUGAAAAAUGCUUUUGUUUGUAAGCUCCUAGUCUUACGCAAGCUGAAUACUUUAUACACGAAAGGCACAACAACAUCACCAACUAAAGAAACCCACACACAGAUGCACCUGGUGCCGGUGGAGAAAGUCCUACACAUGAUCAGGCAGUGGCUGGGGGGGUUUCCGCAAACUACAUGCCUUUUGAGUUCUCCUUUUAAUUCCUUUAUUUGGAGGAGUCAGGGCAGGGCAGAUGUACAUGAUUUAAAGAAACAAGCUAUGCCGUGCCAGUUUACAUGAAGGAUGUGUAUAUAUAUACGUAUAUAUACACAUGAAUAUACAUAUACAUGUGUGUAUAUUUAUAUUGCAUAACAAAUUUUUCUGGUUCUCUCCUUAUAACUGCACUUUCUCAACAACAACAAAAAAGCAAUUGUUAGCACUCUGUGUGCUCCAUUUCCCCUCUAGCUUUAUGAGGUGUGAAUAGUAGAAGACUGUCUCUCUCCAUCUGUUAUUUCUGGGGGCGAGGGGA